CAAAAGUUUACUUGUGCCGUGAAUGUCAGGAACGCCUACGCGCAGGUUGGCAAAAUAAGCUAUUUUUUUUCGUUCUUGUUCUAGAAUAUCCACAGUGUCAGUCAUAGUCGUGACUGAUUAGAGACAGUGAAAAGAAACGAGAAUGAAUCCAGUUUUGCUGUUGCUAUUGACUAUCGCCCCGGUAGCCUUUACCUUUCCCCAAUUGCCGAUUACCGAAUCUCAGCAGGAUUCUGAGAUUCUACAAAAGCAACAACAACAACAACUGACACCUGUCGAACAACUAUCCGAGCAGCAAGCGACUGAUGAGCAACCGGUGCAAGUACCGGAAGAGGCUCCGGCCGUUAACCCAGAAGAUGUUGCUUCGAUCAAUCAGCAAUCGGUGAAUGCGAAUGAAAACACUGCUCGCCGGAAGCGACAGUUUGGUGGAAUUGACGUUGACAUCGAUGUGUACGGCGGGGGUUUCGGUGGUCCUGGAUACUAUGGUGGCUAUCCGGGAUACGGAUACGGUGGAUAUGGAGGCUAUGGGGACUACGGGUAUGGUGGAUAUGGAGGAUAUGGCGGAUACGGAGGAUACGGAGGAUAUGGAUAUCCUCACCACCAUCACCAUCAUCAUCAUCGGGGAUGGUAGGAGUGUCAACGAAGUGUGUGUUUAGUGUUUAGGAUAUUGAAUCAAAUUUUUUAUUUUGUUUUGUAAUAAAUUGUGUGUGAAUUACAAGAAA